CAUCAGAAACGUAUAAAUUUAAUAAAAGACAGCUGUUAGCGAAUUGCUAGCCUAGUUUCCUGGUGACCAGCUUUGUUAUACAUGAGUCUCAUAUCAGUCAAUCUGAACUAUAGUUCAUCUAUAACUGGUAAACACACCGCUAGACCACCCGUAACUGUUUGGAUAAUAUCGACAAUUCCGUGACGCCAUCAACCUGCCAUCGAACAAGAGUACAAAAGCACGUCCAUCGACGCUUAUUGUUUCAAAUCGUUUCUGCUCUUUGCAUCAGGUAGAUACUUCUCUGUUCUCGGACUCGAUCCUGGUCAACACAUCCUGCCGAAACAGCAUUACUUUUCCUAUUUCAGUUUGAAAAAAAUGAAUCUCUACAAACCGAUUUUGUCUCUCAUCGUUUUCAUCGCUUUGGCUUAUUUGGCCGUGGCUGAUGAGCUCACGUCAAACAGUUUAACAGAACACAUCAGUGAAACCUCAUCACUGACGGACGCAUCCAAUGGAGGUACCAACUGGGGACAAGGAAUCAGCAGCCGGAAUUCAGGCUAUUUGAAUAAUCCACGUGUUUAUUCGCACCGGCCAUCACCGUAUCAAAGUUACAACAAAAUCAGUUCUCGGGACUCGACAUCUUACGGUGGUACACCCAUUCACAUCGCCAAUGCUACGCUAUGGGAUCCGGUUAUCCAUCCCCUUCCUAUCCCCAAAGUUAUCCUCCUGCUAGUUAUCCAGCUGCUCCUUCUUAUCCUGUGCCCAGUUAUGGCAAUGAAGACUUAG